AUGUCUACUGAAGGACUCAUCCGUGUAACCGUUCUCGUAAACCGCCGCCCUGGUAUGUCAGAAGACGAAUUCAACAGAUACUGGGCAUACGAGCACGGUCCGUUAGCAACCGACUGGCUGCGACGCAGCGGCAUUGUGAGAUACGUCCAAUACCACACUACCUCCGAGCAUAAAGCCCUGGGCAAGAAAAUGUUCGAAGCCACCGGCCGCUCGCCUCUCAGCUACGACGGCAUGGGCGACUUCUGGGUGCGCAAGUACGAGGACUUCGAAGCUGCAUUUUUGGAUCCGUAUUAUCAAAAGGUGAUUCAGCCAGACGAGAAGAAGUUGAUUUGUAUGGAUACGAUUAGUGUGACGAUUGGGGUGGAGUAUGUCGUUAUUGAUGAUGGGGAGAUCGUGCAGGCGCAUGCAAGGAGUUUCUAA